AGUUUAAAUGGCGCGAUCAACUUGUCUUGUCAGAGACUAAUUUCCAUCAGUACGGCCCCAAGCUGACUUCCGAUUUAAUUAACCCCGUGCACGUGCUUUGUGCUCCUUCAGUUAAAGCACUCUGGUUUGCUUCCCCAGUCUCAAUUAGCGAGUAAACCAUGAUUUAAUUAAUACCCAUGGGCAGAAGUGUGCUCAGAUUAGCUCGAGAUCCCCAUCGUUUUCGUGCCACUGUCAGUGACUGACUGACUCACUGAGCUCCGAGCAGAGACACACAGCUGCUACUAGUAGCAGCUUCGCUUUGUCCGGCGAAAGGCUCUUCUUUUCAUGCCGGCCCGCGCCUCGAUCACGAUCCAGCGUCCAAAUUAAGCGGUACAGCAUGAUGAAGAGGCACCACGCGGCCGAUUUGCCGGCGUCGUCGGGCGGCGAGAUGCACGCGGGGACGGGCAAGGCAGCGUGCAAGCUUGACAAGGGCCGUAGCACUAGCAGCUGCCCCCGCCUCUGUUGCCUCCUCGUCCUGUGCACCACCGUCUCCAUGCUGGUGAUCCACUGCUACGACUACGGCCAUGCCGAUACCGGCGUCGAGCACGGCCGUUCGUCUUCGUCCUCGCCGCUGCACGGCAUUCGCAAGAUGUCCUCCAUCUCGGCGAAGCCUGCCAAUAACGGCGAUCGGAUCAGGGGAGACCUGUGCGCCGGGCGGUACGUGUACGUGCAGGAGCUGCCUCCCCACUUCAACUCGGACAUGGCCCGGGACUGCGAGGCGCUGUCCGAGUGGACGGAGGCCGGCAAGUGCAAGCACACGGCCAACGGCGGCUUCGGCCCGCCGCAGCCGAGCAGCGGCGUCGAGGAGACGGUUCUCUUCCAGGGCCAGGAGACAGGCGGGUGGUACGACACCGAGGAGCACGCCCUGGACAUCAUCUUCCACGACCGGGUCAAACGGUACGAGUGCCUGACCGCCGACUCCUCCCUCGCCUCCGCCGUCUUCGUCCCGUUCUACGCCGGCCUCGACGUGGCGCGGCACCUCCCGGGGAAGGGACGCUACCACGUGGCCACGCGGGACGAGAUGGCGCUGGCCAUGGUGGAGUUCGUGACGGCGCGGCCCGAGUGGCGCGCCCUUGGGGGACGCGACCACUUCUUCGUGGCCGGCCGCGGCACGUGGGACUUCCGGCGGAGCCAGGACGAUGGAGGCGGGUGGGGGAACAAGCUCUUCCUCCUGCCCGCCGUCCGGAACAUGACGGCGCUCGUCGUGGAGGCCAGCCCGUGGCACCUCAACGACGCCGCCGUCCCGUACCCGACCGGCUUCCACCCGACCACCGACGAGCACGUCUUCCUCUGGCAGCACCGCCUGCGAGAACUCAAGCGCCAGUCCCUCUUCGCCUUCUUCGUCUCCGGCGCGCCCCAAGGCACCGAAGAGGACCCCAAGUCCGUAUCAAGCCACCUCGUGAAGCAGUGCGCGGCGUCCUCCGCCUGCUCGCUGGUACGAGACGAAGACUCCUCCCCGGCAGCGGCGGGAAUCAUGAAGCUGUACCAGAGCUCGACGUUCUGCCUCCACCCGCGGGGCGGCGCCGGCGACGCGUACACGCGCAGGUCGAUCUUCGACGCCAUCCUCGCGGGCUGCAUCCCGGUCUUCUUCCACCCGGGCACGGCGUACGUGCAGUACACGUGGCACCUGCCCAGGGACCACGCCCGUUACUCCGUGUACAUCCCCGAGGAGGACGUGCUGCGUGCGGGCGCGGGGAACAACAACGCCAGCAGCAGCAGCAGCGUGGAGGAGACGCUGAGGAAGAUCCCGCCGGACGCCGUCGAGAGGAUGAGGGCGGCCGUCGUGGAGCUCAUCCCGACGGUGAUCUACGCGGACACGUCGUCCAGGCUCGAGGCAUCGUCGGUGCCGGACGCGUUCGACGUGGCGGUCGAGGCCGUCAUUAAGAAGGUGACCAAGUUGAGGAAAGACCUCGUCGAGGGCCGCGCGGAGGACGAGAAACUAGGCAAGUUUGGCUGGAAGUAUCCAUUGUUGGGAGAAGGGCACAAGGUUGAGGACCCCCAUGAAUGGGAUUCAUUGUUUGCAUACAACUAAGUCUCCUACGUGGCUGUACUCGGAGUAGUAUGUGUCUUUUGAAGAUUUGUGCGGCAAUUUUCGGAUAAUUUUCAUUGUUUUUCUUUUUGAAUUAGUUUGUGUACUCCAGCAUCUUGUAUGUCUUUCAAGUGGCUGAAACAUCAAAUAUGAUGUAGACACAGAAGCAUCCACGCAAUGUCUAUCGAAAAUCAGAGUCGUCGAGAUUAACAAAGUUUCCCUACUUACCUGAA